AUGAAGGUCCUGGUCCCGGUCAAGCGCGUGAUCGAUGCCUACGUGAAAGUCCGUGUGAAAGCGGAUGGGUCCGGUGUCGAAACGCAGAACGUGAAGAUGUCGAUGAACCCCUUCUGCGAGAUCGCCGUGGAAGAGGCGGUGCGCCUGAAGGAGGCUGGAACGGCGAGCGAGAUCGUCGUGGUGUCUUGUGGUCCGCAGUCGAGUCAGGAGACGAUUCGUACGGCGCUGGCGAUGGGAGCCGACCGCGGUAUCCUCAUUCAAAGCGACGACGCUCUCGAACCGCUCGGUAUCGCCAAGCUGCUGAAGGCCGUGGCCGAGAAGGAACAGCCCGAACUCGUUCUGCUCGGCAAGCAGGCCGUCGACAGCGAUCAUAGCCAGACCGGUCAGAUGUUGGCGGCCUUGCUCGGGUGGUCUCAGGGAACCUUCGCCAGCAAGAUCCAGGCGAGCGAUGGAAAACUGACGGUCACUCGCGAGAUCGAUGGCGGUUUGGAAACGGUGGAUCUCAAGUUGCCGUCGGUCGUCACUGCGGACUUGCGGCUUAACGAGCCUCGCUACGCCAGUCUGCCGAACAUCAUGAAGGCCAAGAAGAAGCCGAUCGAGACCACGACCCCGGCGGAGUUGGGCGUGGAUGUGGCGCCCCGAACCCAGGUUCUGAAGGUUGCGGAGCCGCCGGCGCGUGAGGCGGGCGUGAAGGUCGCAAGCGUGGCCGAUCUGGUCGAGAAGCUGAAGGCCGAAGCCAAGGUCAUCUAG